AUGUCAUCAUCACAAUCUGCAUAUAUGAUGCCUCUUGAGCUUGGCUGGGAUGAGCCUACAUACAGCACGGACCCAUUGGGAAAAUUGAUAUACACGAAGAACCAAGUCGUACUAUCUGGCAACCUUGCCACACUUUCUGACAUCGCCACUACAGAUGAUCGGUAUGAUAUCUUCGCAACGGCGCUGCUACACUCCCCGAAUGGACACUUCGUGACUGUCGUUGGUGAUGGGGAAUUUAUUAUCUACACGGUGUUCGCAUGGCGGGAAAAGGUGUUUGAGUCGGGUACAGGCUUCAUGUGGGCAGGUGACUCGAACACGUAUGCGGUACUGGAGAGCAAUGUGAAGCUCCAUGUAUUCAAGAACUUCAAGGAGCGUGGUGGUGUGGGGAUGAAAGGUACAGGAAGCUGGGCAGUGGACACAAUUUAUGGGGGUCCGGUGCUUGGCGCUCGUGGAAAAGGUUUUGUGAUCUUUUUGGAUUGGGGAAGUGGGGAUGUUGUGAAGAGGAUUGAUGUAUAUGCGAAGAACAUCUCUUGGUCGACGACAGGGUCGCUCGUGGCGGUUGUAUCGGACAACUCUUACUGUAUCCUCAAAUUUGAUCGAGACGCCUGCAAUUCCAAACUAGAGGAGGGCGUGGAAAUUACGGAUAAAGGAUUUGAGGAAGCAUUUGAUGUUAUUGCUGAGAUUUCGGAUAGUGUGAAGACGGUGAAAUGGAUAGGUGACUGCUUUAUCUACACCAUGACCGGAAACCGCCUCAACUACUUUGUGGGCAAUGAAUCAUACACAAUCAGCCCAUCUGAUACCUCAAUGUUUAUGCUGGGAUACAUACCUGGACAUAAUCAGGUGUACCUUGAGGACAAGAACAUGAAUAUCUUCGGGUAUUUGUUGUCCUUGAGCAUCAUUGAAUACCAGACAGCUGUCCUCCGUGGUGAUAUGGACUCAGCAGCCGAAAUUUUCCCCACUUUGCCCAAGGGGCAGUUAGACAAAGUUGCUCGGUUCCUGGAGGGUCAAGACCUCAAGGAGCUUGCUCUGCAGGUCACCACAGACCUUGGUCACAAGUUCGACCUCUUACUGCAGCUCAAUGACCUAGACACAGCGGUAAAGAUCGCACGCUCUGUCUUGGAGCCAGAGUCAGAGACGAAGUGGAAAGCAAUCGGCGAUCGUGCUCUUAUGGUGUGGCAGUUUGACCUGGCUCACGAGGGGUUCGAAAAGGCGGAGGGGCUGCAGAAGCCUGCAGCCACAGCUGAAGAGAAGGGUGCGAACAAUUUGGGGUUUGUGACGCUGUUUCAGCUGGGCGAUACCAAACCAAGCUGCAUUCUUUGCAUGAACAUAUGCACCAAGGUCAAAGUACCAAAGGUAGUCGAUGUAUGGCGAGGCGAGCUGCGGACUAAAAAUAAGGGCAGCAUCGCAGGCAGCAUCGUGCACCCAUCUGAGCAUGCAGAACUAUUUGAGGAAGGGUGGGAAGAGGCUCUUGCACGCGAGGUUGGUGAGCCUGUAGAUGUGAACGGAGGAUUCCGACAUUUCACCGAAUGA